CUCUCCUCUCAGCCAAUCAGAGACACCGAGCUAAUCCGUUGCAAAUCCCAGCGGAGUGGGGAAAGCGAAACUGCGGGCGAAGACGAUCAUGGAUGCAACCCCCUUCUUCGCCAACCUCAAGAAGGAAGCUUCGUGCCCCGUUUGCCUAGGCUACUUCCAAGACCCUGUAUCCACACCCUGCGGGCACAAUUUCUGCCGAGCCUGCAUUGCACAGUGCUGGGAGGAAGUGGAGGGAGAUGCGUCUUACUCUUGCCCUGAGUGCGGGGAAAACAACCCGCUAAGAAACUCCUCGGACAACCAGCAUCUGGCACGAAUUGCCGAAACAGUCCAGUGUUGGCACCGAGAAGCAGCCGGGGUGCAAGACCGGGAAGAGCAGCGACUGUGCGAAAAGCACCAGGAACUCCUGAGGAUUUUCUGCAAAGAUGAUAAAAUCCAGAUCUGCCUGUUGUGUGAAAUCUCCCGGGAACAUCGGCAUCACACCGUGAUCCCUGUUGAGGAGGCUGCCCAGGAUUAUAAGUACCAGUUUCAGAUGGAACUGAAGACCUUGAGGCAAAGGAGAGACAAACUCCAGACCCUGAAGAUAGAUGAAGAGAGAAGAAGCAGGCAAUUUCUAGAAAGGUUGGGCAAUGAAGGGAAGAGGGUCGUGUCUGAAUUCAAGCUGCUGCAUCAGUUUCUGGGGGAUCAAGAACAACUUCUGCUUGCCAAGAUGGAACAACUAGAGAAUGAGCUGAUAAAGGAGAAAAAGGCCAUCACUUUCAAACUGUCGGAAGAGAUUUCAAAUCUCAGUGACCUCAUCAGUGAGAUAGAAGAGAAGUGUAGCCAUCCAGCAAAUGAAUUUCUGCAGGAUCUCACAAACAUCUUAAACAGGUGUGAACAUCAGAAGAUCCAGCAGCCAAUGGAGCAUCAUCUCGAUCUAGAAAAAAGGCUGAAUGCAUUUUCUGAGGAAAGCAUGAAUCUAGAAGAAAUCAGAAAGAAAUUCAAAGACGCUCUGCCGUCUGAACUGAAAAGCCCAUCCUUGUUAAAACAUGCACUGGGGACCCCAAAAGGGAGGCGAAGAUUGUUUGACCUGCCCUUUGCUGAGGUUGCAAAAAGAACAGGCAGAAGAGUGAAUGUGACUCUGGACCCAGAUACUGCAAACCCAUUCCUCAUCCUCUCUGCCGACCAGAAGAGCGUGCGACUGGGAGAUAUAUGGCAGGAUGUAUCUGACAGUCCCGAGAGAUUUGAUACUUAUCCAUGCGUGUUGGGCUGUGAGGGAUUCAUAUCAGGGAGACACUACUGGGAAGUUGAAGUGGGGAGUGGGAGAUACUGGGCUGUGGGCUUCGCCAAAGAAUCUGUGAGGCGAAAAGGAGAAAUCAUCCCUAGCCCUGAGGAGCAGAUCUGGGCACUACAACAGUAUGGAGAUUACUUUGAGGCUCUGACUUACCCUGUGACCACCCUGUCCCUGAACAGCUGGCCCCGGAGGAUCCAGGUUUUUCUGGACUAUGAAGAGGAUCAGGUGGCCUUUUUUGAUGCCGAUACAGCAGCUUUGAUCUAUGUUUUUUCAUCUGCUACUUUUGGUCAGGAGAGAUUCCUCCCUUGGCUCUGGGUAUGGCCAGGAACAGAGCUGAGACUUUACCAGUGAGAUUUUAUCCUGGACAAAUUGCAGUGAAGCAGAAACACAUUCACACACAGGAUGAUUUUUUUGCCUUUUGACAGAGACAGUCUCUUACAACAGUAGAAGUGUACAGGAUACGUACGACUUGCAAAUGAUCAGGUCUACUCAUAAUAUCUAUUCAGUAGGCAGUACAUUCUCAGGAAAUAUUCUUAGAAAUGCACUGUUGAUCACCUAUCCUAAGGCAGGACAAAUAUUUAUACUAUGGAACAAUGUCUGAAUCCUCUGAAGAGAAACUCCAACUAUUGUGCCAAAUUAUAGUAAAUCAUGCUAUGCACAUAUAAAAUCAUGCAAAUUGUAUACCAUUUUCUAGUUCUGCAAUUUCAUGCAAUCAUAUAAAAUCAUACAAAUUGUAUACCAUUUUCUAGUUUUGGAAAAAAAUUCAAAAGUCAGUGAUAAGACAAUGUAUUUUCAUGUUGAUUUUGAUAUGAAACUGUUCCAGUUGCAUAUGAUGCCUAUUAAAGUGAAGAUUUAUAUGCAAGUAUGACUCAGAUAAAUCCAUGUAAUUCUC